AGAAAGGGAAGAGUGCGGAGCCUGGUAAGAAGCUGGCGUCCAUAGGUUGAGGGGCGGGUUGAAGGGUUAGCCACGCGCCUCAGUAGGAGAGUUUAGCAAGCUCCGAAGGCGGAAGGCCCGGAGUCUUAGGGGCGCCCAGGUGGGCGAGACUGGAAUUGGACAAGAGUCGGCAUCACUGCCAUCACCUGGCACCUGGUCCUCCUUCAUAGGUCUCCGUCUCCACUGUUCUCUUGACAGCAUGGAUGGGGAGGAAGAUGAUUUGUCUCUGCUGACUGCACUGUUGGAGGAGAAUGAGUCGGCCUUGAAUUGUAAUUCAGAAGUGAGUCAGCCCUUGACCCAGGAAGAUGGUGAACCUGAUGAAUUUGAUGAGCUUUUUGAUGCUGAUGGUGAUGGUGAAUCCUACACAGAGGAGACUUCUGAGGGAGAAGUGGAAAAGGCGGAAGACCAAAAGGAGAAUUUGGAUGCUCUCUUUGGAGACAUGGGAGACUUAACUGAUGAGGAAGAAGUUCCUACAUUGCAGUCAGCUAAAAAUGGGGUCCUUCCUGCUCCUGCUCCCCGUCAAGGGAAAAGUAAUCAGGAGUUGCAAGAUGAGUUAAAGAAGUUGCAAGAACAAAUGAAGUCCUUACAAGAACAGCUAAAACUAGCAACAAUUAAACAGCCUGCUAGUCCAGCUCGUCUGCAUAAAUCCCCAGAUAAGACUUCACGUCCCCCUCUUAAGGAGAAGAAAGUUCAGAGAAUUCAAGAGUCGGCGUGCUUUUCUGCAGAUCUUGACGUCCCAACUCUGCCAAAACCCAAGCGAGUGGCUCGGACACCAAAGGUUUCACCUGCAGAGCCCAAAAGCCCAUCUUCAAGGAUGACAAGUAUACCCUCCCAGCCGCUCCGAACAACUCCUGGGAACACUCCUGGUGGGGUGACUAGAGAUCAGAGUGCAGGGACCCCCAGGAGCUCUGGGGAAACAGCUCCGACAGUCUCUGUGGAAACCUUCUCCGGCCUGAGGCUCAGGAAGCCUCGAGUAUCCUCCACAGAAAUGAACAAGAAAAUGACUGGCCGAAGACUGAUCAGACUGUCUCAGCUCAAGGAAAAGAUGGCAAGUGAGAAGCUGGAAGAAAUAGACUGGGUGACAUUUGGGGUUAUUUUGAAGAAAGUCACUCCACAGAGUUCUAACAGCGGGAAAACAUUUAGCAUCUGGCGACUGAAUGAUCUUCGUGACCUGACACGGUAUGUGUCGCUGUUCUUGUUUGGAGAGGUUCACAAAGAACUCUGGAAGACUGAGCAGGGCACCGUCAUAGGGCUGCUCAACGCCAACCCCAUGAAGCCCAAGGAUGGUUCAGAGGAGGUGUGCUUAUCUAUUGAUCAUCCUCAAAAGGUCUUAAUUAUGGGGGAAGCUCUUGAUCUGGGAACCUGUAAAGCGAAGAAGAAGAAUGGAGAACCGUGUACACAAACUGUGAAUUUGAACGACUGUGAGUACUGUCAGUAUCACAUUCAGGCCCAGUACAAGAGGCUCAGUGCCAGGCGGGCCGACCUGCAGUCCACCUUCUCUGGAGGCCGAAUUCCAAAGAAGUUUGCCCGCAAAGGCAUCAGCCUGAAAGAACGGCUGUGUCAGGAUGGUUUUUACUACGGAGGAGUUUCUUCGGCCUCAUACGCAGCCUCAAUUGCAGCUGCUGUGGCACCUAAAAAGAAGAUUCAAACUACUCUGACUAAUCUGGUGGUUAAAGGCACAGAUUUGAUCCUUCAGGAAACUCAGCAAAAACUUGGAAUACCCCAGAAGAGCUUGUCUUGCUCUGAGGAAUUCAGGGAACUGAUGGACUUGCCUACAUUUGGAGCUAGAAACUUGAAACAUCAUUUAGCCAAAGUCAAGACAUCAGGGAUCCUGGGGAGCCCAAAACCUGCCUUCCAGUCUAUUUCAGCAUCAGCCCUCUUGAAGCAACAGAAGCAGCGUAUGUUAGAGAUGCGGAAAAAGAAGUCAGAAGAAAUACAGAAGCGAUUUCUCCAGAGCUCAAGUGAAGCUGAGAGCCCAGCUGUGCCGUCCUCUUCUCGGGAGCCCCUUUCUUGUUCUCCACCAACUGGGGCCAAGCUCCCCAAGAUGAACGGAACCCCAGCCAUUCAGACGCCCAAGCUCGGAAGAGGCAUCUCAGAAGGAGAUGAUGUCCUCCUUUUUGACAAGUCACCACCACCAAGACCAAAACUCAGUGCUUUAGCAGAAGCCAAAAAGUUAGCUGCUAUAACCAAAUUAAGGGCAAAAGGCCAGAUUCUUACAAAAACAGACCCAAACAGCAUCCAGAAGAAACUAAAGAAACCUCAGGAUGUCCUGGAAGUGAAGGAACGUGUGGAAAAGAACAGCACAUUUUCUCUGCAAGCUGAGGAUGAACUGGAGCCUGCCAGGAAAAAAAGAAGAGAACAGCUUGCUUACCUGGAAUCUGAGGAAUUUCAGACACUUCUCAAAGCAAAAUCAAGGCACACGGAUGUUCUAAAAGAGGCUGAGGCUGAGCUACAAGAGCAGUAUUUUGAACCCCUGGUGAAGAAAGAACAAAUGGAAGAAAAAAUGAGAAACAUCCGGGAAGUGAAAUGUCGAGUGGUGACGUGCAAGACGUGUGCCUACACCCAUUUCAAGCCCCUGGAGACCUGUGUCAGCGAGCAGCACGACUACCACUGGCAUGACGGCGUGAAGAGGUUUUUCAAGUGUCCCUGUGGAAACCGAAGUAUCUCCCUGGACAGGCUCCCCCAGAAGCACUGCAGUAAUUGUGGCCUCUUCAAAUGGGAACGGGAUGGAAUGUUAAAGGAAAAGACAGGUCCAAAGAUAGGAGGAGAGACCCUGUUACCAAGAGGAGAAGAACAUGCCAAAUUUCUGAAUAGCCUUAAAUAGCCCUGACUUCAAACAGGUACCCACAGCCUAUGUUUCUUCUUGUGGUUCUGGAAAAGCCGAGUAUUGGCUCUGAAUUGCCCAUGUUCCUGAUUGACACAGAAUGAAUACGUGUUCGUAACAGCCUACAACUUUGCCUGCUUCCUUUGUUGUGUUGGUUUAACAUCAGCUUUUACAUUGACCUUUAAGUGGAAAAUCCAGAUACAAUUGUCUUCCCUGUUCUCACUGCUGAUGCCCCAAAACUGGAAGGCAGAUUGAAAGCUGUGUUUCUCUCUUGGGUUACAGAGUACGCAGUGUGGUGUCUCACUCACAAUAAGAUUCUGGUAUUUAUAUGAACACCCAGAGGCAAAGGAAUGAAUUUGGCUCAGGUAACUUGCCUAAAUUUGGGGCUUCAGUUUCCUCACCUGUCAAAUGAGGAAGUUGGACGAUAUGAGCAUGAAGUGUAUCUUUGAGCACUCAGAAGUGUACAAAUAAUACAACUUUUUGCCAUCUAGAAAAUUAUGACCAUCGCCCUUGACAUAGUCUUGCUGUAUUAAUACAAAAGCCAGAUUCCUUCUCUUGGUGCUACUGUUACCUCUAUUUUGUUCUUCAAAAUCAAGUCCUUGAUGCACUUGGCAUUUCAGUUCAUAUUGUAUGACUGUGCCCUUACAGUCUUGUGGAGCUCUGUAAUGGAAAUACCUAAAAUUUCAUCAUUUUCAAAUAUGGCUUUAUUUAAAUAUGACUUAAACUUUGAAACCUCUAACCAAAACACAUGCAAAAUGUGAGAAGGCAUGAAGCCCAACUGGAAAACAGAAGCAUCCCACUAGGAGACUCCUGUGGCAUUUGGCAUUGGCAGGUAUGCUUCAUUACACAUAUCAAGAGUUAUACCUUGGGGAUCUCUGCGACGAUGGAGGGUGAUGGGCAGCUGGGACUUGGGGUUAUGUCUGUGGCCCCUGGAGCAUUAGUCUCAGCUCUUCUGCUUGCCAGUUGUGUGACCGCGGGUGAGGUGCCUGUCCUCAGGGUCCACAGUGGCGUGGACUCAUGUGAAUGGCUCAGGCACACAAGGGCGCCGCAGGUGUGACUGUCAGUGUUUGUGAGCACAGGGACCCGAGGAAGCGGAUCCUGAGAGGAGCGUUUGGGUUGCGGGCCAAGGAGGAGGUGUCACAGUUGAGACUGGAGAAGCAAGCAGCAGGCCUUAACUUUGCAGGGCCUCCUUGGCUAUGGUGAGGACGCGGAUCUCGAUCGUGUAGUUGUUGGGAACCACAAGAGGCCGUUUUGAAAAGAUCACUCAGCUGUUGCUUGGGGAAUGAGGCGGGGGCCGGGGGUGCUAAAUUCAGGACGGUGCUCAAAUAUCAGCACUUGAGGGAAGGGAACGGUGGCCUGGACAGAAGGGUGAUGGCAGAGAUGGAGAGCGGCGGCUGGCCUCAAAGGAACAGGUGGAACUGUGCAGGAGAGGGCAUCAGGAUAAGGUUCUGGACUGGAUAUGGAGAGGGAACCCUGAAGGGGUGGGAGGCAGACAGGCCAGAUGAUCGGAUGCACCAGGCGCCCCACCCAGGGAGGAUCGAAGUGGUGACAGAAAGCAACUCUGGGGCAGCUCAGCCUGCAGGGCAAGCCCCGUGCAGUCUGAGGUUCCUGUUCCCGUGGAGGUCGCCAAGGGCAGUGGGAAUGUGGAAUGUAGCCAUCAUUUUGUACAAACAUUCGGUGCUCAAUAAGCUUCUAAAGAAUUAGUAAUUUUGUGAGGACCAUGGGCCAAAAGAAUACAGUCAGCAUUCCAGAUAAGGCAGGAUGGGAUUUCACUGGGUUGGCUCCAUCUUGUUCUUCAGCCAACUCCAAGGCGCCCGUAAAGUUUUGGGUCUUUGCCCUGAACCAGCCCAGGCUUUGGAGUCACCUGCAGGAGUCUGGGUGUAUAGCUAGCUCUGGUAAGGUCACCGGCAGAAAAAUAGAUGAUGAGGAGGAUGUUACUCCUGAAAGAUCCUUUCCAGGUCCUUCUUCAAAUGCAGCUCAGUGUUUAUGCAUGAAAUGAUCAAAAUGUCUAGGAUUGGCCUUCAAAACAGAAUGAAGGGACGGAGGGCAGCGCAUGGGGUGUCGAUGGAUCAAAAAUGGCGGAGCUACUAAUUGUUAAAACUGGGAGUUCCCGUCGUGGCGCAGUGGUUAACGAAUCCGACUAGGAACCAUGAGGUUGUGGGUUCGGUCCCUGCCCUUGCUCAGUGGGUUAACGAUCCGGCGUUGCCGUGAGCUGUGGUGUAGGUUGCAGACGUGGCUCGGAUCCCGCGUUGCUGUGGCUCUGGCGUAGGUUGGUGGCUACAGCUCCGAUUCAACCCCUAGCCUGGGAACCUCCAUAUGCCGUGGGAGCGGUCCAAGAAAUAGCAACAACAACAACAACAAAGACCAAAAAAAAAAGACUCGGUCGCAGGUAUAUGGAAGCUUAUACCCAUCUCUGUUUUCGCAUUUGUUGUAAAAUGUGAUGAAAAGUAAAACAUCAAACAAGCAGCUUGUCUUCUCCAUGAUGCCUGCCCAGUGCCCCUGGGCGCAGUCACCACCCCUUCCUCCAAAUCUUUGCUGUAUUUUGAAUGUUGAUCUGGCAGGAAACUUAUUGUGAUGGUUUUGUUUAUCUGUGUCACCUGCUGUCUUCUGUAUUUUAGUGUGGUUUGAUUUCCAGGUGCCAAACCAGUGCUGCCUUAUUAGUGCUCAGUGUACGUAGGGUGGAUGGAGAGAUUUUUAAAAUUGUGAAUACCAGGAAUUUAAUAAAUGUUUUCUGAAUUGUUUAUAAAAGGGGGGUUGCAGUUCCCAUUGUGACUCAGUGGUAAUGAACCCAACUAGUAUCCAUGAGGAUUCGGAUUCAACCCACGGCACAACUCAGUGAGUGAAAAGGAUCCUGUGUUGCCAUGAGCUGUGGUGUAGGUCACAGACGAGGCUCAAAUCUGGAGUUGCUGUGGCGUAGGCCGGCAGCCGUAGCUCUGGUUUGACCUGUAGCCUGGGAAUUUCCAUAUGCCACAGGUGCAGCCCUGAAAAAAGCAAAAAUGAAUGAAUAAAUAAGUGAAAUGAAAUGAUAGGUCAAAACUCAUGCAGAUUACCAUCAAAAAAUUCCACUUACGAGAAUCCUCUGCCCACGCCAUGUGAUUUUCCAAGUACCAUUUGAUCCAAGUGAAUGUCACCUAAAGAUUGGGUAAAUUGGUGGAUUAUUAUAUUGAGAUUUGAACUAGAGCUGGAAAUAAUUUGUUUCCCCUAAGAUGGUAUUAUAGUAGAAGCAUAACACUUAAGGGGAAGAGGUUGUGGGGGAUUGUUGAUUUAGGUUUUCAAGACCCAGAAAUAAAUUUCUCAUGCCUUGGAUUUCAUCGAAUUCUGCUCUAUGUAGAAGGUGCUGGGUUUGUGUUUCCCCUAAGGUCACAUCCUAACGGCUAUAUUUUUAAGAAUAUUUCAUUUCCCAGGAAGUGUUAUUGUUUGUGUUUUUUUUUUUUUAAUUAUUUU